UGGACGCGCACGUGCUGUGGUUUGAGAAUUGUCUGAUGCGGCGGGAUCCGGCCUUCGUCUGUAAGGUGGCAGUGCGAGAUGUGUUUUCUGAAGAGACCGAAGGUGCGACUGGCAGAGGGGCUCCUCACUCAGAGAAGAGCACUGCAGGGGAAGAGGAGGGAAUCAUCAGACACCAGCCCUUUCUUGGAGCACAGACUAGUGAAAUUGGAAGAAAUUCUUCAGCACCACUGUACACAGUCUCUUGCCAUCUAUCACACACCGAAGUAAAAUGGAGAUGGGGAGUACUGCUAAUCCUUUUUAGUGUCAAAGGGAAAAGCCAGGAUCACUGACAUCCAGGGCUGAAACUUUUUCUAAGUUCACAGCAAGUUUCCUGGAGAGACACCUUUGGGAAUGAUGUGGUUCUGAAACAUGGAACUUGACCUCAGCUCCCAAGGGAGUUCCUCUGAGGAAGGACUCUCACUCCUAGGUUCUCCAAAUGUCUUCCUAGGACUCUGCCUAAGGGACUGUUCCAAUUCUAAAAUUCAUUCCCAAAACAGGUUGGUGCUUUUUUGCUUGUAUGGAACCUUUAUACUACCACUCAGUAUCUGACUCCCUUUUGGUGACCUUUUCUCUGCAGCUGGGGUCCAUGGCUCUAAAGCAGGAGAAAAAAGGAAGUUGCAGGGAACCCAGGAAUACAGAUCCUAAGAAAGAACAGAACCUAAAAGUGGCCCUUAGAUGGGCAACAUCAUCUUCACUGAUACUCCCACUGUGUUAAGCAUGAAGCUAGGCACUAGAGGUGGGGGUUCCCUGACAAGGCAACUCGGGCCAUGCUUCGGUGCAGCGCGACUCUAGUUAACACAGGCAUUGCAGUCUUCACAAGCACAAAUAUACUUUCAAAGAGUCUUCAACAGACCCCUCAGUCCCGACGUUAAACUCAGAACUGAAGACGUGAAGCUCCAUCUCAUUCCACAAACGGGUCAGAGAAUUAAAACGGGUCAGAGAAUUAAAAGCCUCUUCCAUCACGCUAGGUAACAACUAGGCACUAUCUUAUGAUGGGUGGUCUCAAACCCCACGGUGUCACAUGCCUCACAUCACAGCCGACCGGUCACCCACAAUGUCCUGCAUCCGAUUUGGGACACACACACACAUCAUACAUCUGUCGGCCACAUCACCGCACAUACUCGCACUAGGCUUCGUCACGGUCACAAACGCGCAUACACAGGCUUGAGCCCCGGACUCCACACACUGCACCCUGUCCGCACUGAGGGGGCGAUGGGCUUCCUCACCGUGCGCGACGGUUGCCGCUCGGAGCGCGACGACUUUCAGAGUUUCGGAAGAUAACCAGAAAGGACCCAGGGAUCAAAGUUCUUUUCAAAAGCUGCAUAGGAGCUGUGGGAAAUGUAGUUCAAGACCGGAAAAGCCCGUAUGUCGGGAAGGCGCGCGCGCGCGCGCGCGCGCGGAGACUGCGGCCUCAAAGACGGAGCCGCGGAGACACUUGGGAACAGCCCGCGCGGGAGUACGCAGGCGCAGACGGCUGGCCUGCGGUCGAAGGUUACGAGUCGAUUUGUGUUUGAGACUGCGUGCGACUUUGGAGAGACGACAGUAAGGGGUUUGUAGGUAGUCCCUAGUUGGAAUGGAUUGGGAGCUGGAAAACAGGAGACAAAUCAGAAGUCAAGGACAAGAAGAGCCUAACAUGAUUGGUACCAUUAUAAUUUAGUGAACUGCCUCUUUUCCAAAGAGGAACCCAAAGGAAGACUGGUCACCUCUUGCAGAUCUCAAAACCAUGGCUCAGGCAUCAGUGUCAUUCAAAGAUGUGACUGUGGACUUCACUCGGGAGGAGUGGCAGCACUUGGAUCCUGCUCAGAAGACUCUCUACAUGGAUGUGAUGUUGGAAAACUAUUGCCAUCUCAUCUCUGUGGGGUGUCACAUGACCAAACCUGAUGUGAUCCUGAAGUUGGAACGAGGAGAAGAGCCAUGGACAUCAUUUACAGGUCAUACCUGCUUAGAAGAAAAUUGGAAAGAGGAAGACUUUUUAGUGAAAUUCAAGGAACACCAAGAUAAGUUUUCUAGAUCAGUUGUAUUCAUCAACCACAAAAAACUGAGUAAGGAAAACAGUAAUACAUAUGAAAAGACAUUUACUUUAAGCAAAAGCCCUAUUAAUUCAAAAAAUCUACCUCCUGAAUAUGACACUCAUGGAAAGAUUUUUAAAAAUGUUUCAGAAUUAAUCAUCAGUAAUCUAAGUCCUGCAAGAAAAAGACUUAGUGAGUAUAAUGGAUAUGGGAAAUCACUCCUCAAUACUAAAGCAGAGACACCUCAACCUGGAGUCAAAUCCCAUAAUCAAUGUGGCAGGGCUGUCAGUCAUAAUGAAGUACUUAUGCAGUAUCAUAAGAUGGAAACCCCAGCACAGUCAUUUGGAUAUAAUGACUGUGAAAAAGCCUUUCUUAAAAAGGGAGGCUUAGUUACACAUAAUAGAGCUUACAGAAGGGAAAACCCAUCUGAAUAUAAUAAAAGAAGAGCAACCAAUAUUGAAAAAAAACAUACAUGCACUGAAUGUGGGAAGUCCUUCUGCAGGAAGUCAGUAUUGAUUCUGCAUCAGGGAAUUCACACAGAGGAAAAACCCUAUCAGUGUCAUCAAUGUGGAAAUUCAUUUAGAAGGAAGUCCUAUCUCAUUGAUCAUCAGAGAACUCACACAGGAGAGAAACCCUUUGUCUGUAAUGAAUGUGGUAAGUCCUUCCGCCUAAAGACAGCCCUCACUGAUCAUCAGAGAACACAUACAGGGGAAAAAUCAUACGAAUGUCCACAGUGUAGGAAUGCCUUCAGAUUGAAAUCACACCUCAUUCGUCAUCAGAGAACUCAUACAGGAGAAAAACCAUAUGAGUGUAAUGACUGUGGGAAGUCCUUCCGCCAGAAGACAACACUUUCUCUACAUCAGAGAAUUCAUACAGGAGAGAAACCCUAUAUUUGUAAAGAAUGUGGGAAGUCCUUUCACCAGAAGGCAAACCUUACUGUACAUCAGAGAACUCAUACAGGGGAAAAGCCCUAUAUUUGUAAUGAAUGUGGAAAAUCUUUCUCCCAGAAGACAACACUUGCUCUGCAUGAGAAGACUCAUAACGAGGAGAAACCCUAUAUUUGUAGUGAAUGUGGGAAGUCCUUCCGCCAGAAGACAACCCUUGUGGCACAUCAGAGAACACAUACAGGGGAAAAAUCCUAUGAAUGUCCUCACUGUGGGAAGGCCUUUAGAAUGAAGUCAUACCUCAUUGAUCAUCACAGAACUCACACAGGAGAGAAACCAUAUGAAUGUAAUGAAUGUGGGAAAUCCUUCAGUCAGAAGACAAAUCUGAAUCUACACCAGAGAAUUCAUACGGGAGAGAAACCCUAUAUUUGUAAUGAAUGUGGGAAGUCCUUUCGCCAGAAAGCAACUCUCACUGUACAUCAGAAAAUACAUACAGGACAGAAAUCCUAUGAAUGCCCUCAGUGUGGGAAAGCCUUUAGCAGGAAGUCAUAUCUCAUUCAUCAUCAAAGAACUCAUACAGGAGAGAAACCAUAUAAAUGUAAUGAAUGUGGGAAGUGCUUCCGCCAGAAGACAAAUCUCAUUGUACAUCAGAGAACUCACACAGGGGAGAAACCCUAUAUUUGUAAUGAGUGUGGUAAGUCCUUCAGUUAUAAAAGAAACCUCAUUGUCCAUCAGAGAACUCACAAGGGAGAAAACAUAGAAAUGCAAUAAACGAUGUGACUUCUUUGUAAAGCCUUUCCAAGUUAUUGUAACACUUUAAAAAGAAAAAAAA